AUGAGGAACUUUCUCGAGUACCUUGCAAUCGAACUGCUCAUACGUAUUCUGCAUUUUUGCAAUGACUUUCGAUCUAUUCUACGCUUCUCUAUGACUUCGUGGAAACACUUCCAUUUAGUUUGCGACUCGGCUAGCCUUCAGUUACGGAUAGAGCUUGAUGUGAACAACAUGGAUAUAGUUGACAAAAAUUUUGAUUGCGUUUCUGUUUUGAAGAACCUGAGGCGGUAUCAAUCUGCCCAGAUCAAUCUGAAGCCUGUGAGAAUUUUGCACAAAUUCAUUCCAGCCAGGGGAUUUUAUCGUGAGGCACGACCUCAUGAAGGCAGCAUCUAUAUGCCCAUCGAUUCAGAUUCUGGUCAAUGGCAAAGGAUCACUCUUGAUGGUUUAGAGUCCCGCCUCACCAUGGCUUGUGACGCUCCCCACUUUCAACCGUAUGCGCUUGAUCCCAGCCAGGAUCUAGCAGUCAUGGUACCUAAGCAAUCUGGUCAUAGUACACCAUCGUGGCGUGAUGUCGAAAUUCAUCUUUGUUCAAUCAAGUCUGGUCGAGCUCAUCCACUUGCUCUAUACUCAAAGUUCAAAGUUACUCCCCGCUCGGAUGUAGGAGUCUCUUGGAGGCUUUUUAUAUUUGAUGACGCCUGCAUCUUGAAAAAUCGCCUUGUUGUGAGGCUCGAUUAUUUUAGUGAUUCGUCUGUGCAGGUGCUAUCCGAUAUCGUGACUUGGGACUGGACAACCGGGACUUUGCUCCAUCGGAUAUCACUUCCAGUCGAACACUGCCGCCAUACAUUCCUGGACGAAUCACACUUGGCUGUACAUUCGAUCAUUAUACCUCGAUACAGAACCCCUGAUGACGGGCCUUCGACGCUCCUAUCGAUUUACCCAUUAUCGACGUCUUCCCCUGCAUCGAACUGCACUGGUCCAAACUUUCGCCUACAAUUCGCCUCGACUCUCUCCCCACUCAUAGAGUUUGCAUUUCCAGAGCUACUAGAAGGCGUGUCACUAUACUCACACUCCCAUAAAAUCUGCUCUACCACUAUACAACGGUCUUUAUUACCUGGGUUUGUUUACUCCCUUGCCGUCACUUUAUGUCUCAGCAUAACUCUGGUUGGAGAAUCUGAAUGGCGCCGUUUUGAUAUUUAUGUCAGCGGCAGCAAACUGCGUGGGCAUCUAGACUUGGGAAAAUCUGGUAUAAUACCUUGGGAGGAAUGGGGAGAGGAUGCAACUCGGUGGUUGGAAGACUACGGUAAUCUUCCUCAUGAGUUCUGGACACCUCCCGGACCUCGAUACUUUGAAAUUGGACGAGCUAAGACACGAUCUUCCGCCGGAAGCAUAGUUACGAUUGACUUUCAUGAACUACCCUUUCGGCGUUACCUGUGCCGAGCGUCAGUAUAUGGUAAUAAAUAUAGGGUGUUGCGUAUGGCCGACCAAACCAAGGUUAUCGAUAAGGAUAACCCAAGUAUUGUCGACGGCUUCUUCAAGCACCCAGUUGUGUCUCGUCUUCCGUAUAUGAUCACGACAAAAGGGUGGAAUGAAAAACAAUGGGGUACAUGGGUGGUAGAUGGUGAACACCUAAUUAAGAUGAAUCCUUGGAAGUACAGAAAAGCUGUCGCCUCAUCUGAUGAUAUGGUCACCAUUCGCCGGCGCGUAGUCGCCAUCCUUGUUGCUUUGAUUAUUUUUGUACCCGUGGCUUUAUAUUAUCGGUAUCAAAUACAAAACACGAUAUCGUACGCGUCACGACCCCUUUGGGACAAACCUGAAGGGCCAGCGAACAUUAUUCCUCACUUUCAUGCAUUGGGGCUUGAGCCAUCGCCUGCGAUAUGCAAGUUGCAUGAAACUGAACCUCGCGAACAAGAUCGACAGGUGUGGGAUGCAGUGUUAUUUAGCACAGAGUUGGAUCUGCUAGAAGUGAGGUUGAACGAGUUGGAUGGAGUUGUGGAUCGGUUCUUUGUGGUCGAAAGCGAUCGCACCUUUACCGGGAUACCAAAGAAGCCCGUCCUUCAAGAUGCCCUCCUUUCACCCCAAUUCGCCCGCUUCCGACCCAAAAUUACAUACCAACUCCACCCAGGCCGAGUCCCCAACAAGGGUGAAUCUCCGUUCAACGUUGAACGAGAACACCGCCUUGCAAUGACGAAACUCAUCAAUUCGGCCAUCUCGCUGCCGCUUACCGCUGCACCGCUUGUGAUUAUGUCUGAUGUGGACGAAAUUCCGGCGGCGCAUACCAUUGCGCUUGUAAAGAAAUUUUCGAGUGGCCAAGUGGGUGGAGGAGUUGGCGAGCGCAGGUGGAAGAAUGGGGUCCUAAGAGUCAAUACGUGCAUUCGUAUUCAAAGGCCCGGGGUGAUCACAUUUUAUGGGAUGCAGGGUGGCAUUGUAGAAUUUGUGACCAAGAUGCGAGGGUACUCUCAUGCGGAUCGAAUCGGCGGCGACAUGUCGCUUCUCGACCCCAAGCGAAUCCAGGAGACGAUUUGUUCAGGACGAGACAUAUUCAACAUGUUACCCGAGGCAUACACGUACAAAGAAAUGUUCGAACUCAUGCAUCCAGAGCCGUAA